CGUCUCUGGACGUGCUUCGGCAUGAUCCGACUGCUGUUUUCGACAAAGAUGUUGUAAUAAGCUUGUAGCUUGAAUAAAUCCUUGUGAAUAGGGUCGUUGUGGUGUCUAAAGGUCCCAACUGCCCACGCGGCCUAAUUCUUUCCACUUCGCGCCCUUGACAUCUUCCAAUUGACGACUCCUGCCAACUCAACAGCACACCCUUUCAUCAGCUUUCCACUGUCGAACUGAUGCAUGCAGCACCCUAUGACUUCCGAGGAGACGAGGCAGCGCUUAGCUGCAUUCAUCGCCAAAUGCACGCCACGCCUUGACGAAUUCCUGAAACUGUGUGAAUCACUGCGCGGAGAACUCGGUGCCGGCGUUCCGCUUGACCAACAUCUCUCACUUCAGGCUUGCGACGCUGUUGACGCACUGGUUGAAGCUGACGUCGCCGCGAAACACGACAAAAAUGUUCUCGGCUCGCUUCAUGCGCUCAAGAAAGGUCGGCUGAGUGGCAGCCGAGAGCUCGCCGCCUCCGUGCGCCCUUGCCAAAUCGCCUUCGACUUCGGCCUACCAUCGCGCCGUUUGCUGAGUGAGAUCGUCGAUUCCUUAUCCUCCGAUGUGCAGUACAUCGAUCUGUUGAAUGAACUGCGCCGAAGCGGGAUAUCGAGGCCGUGGCGACCGAAGGACGUCCAAAAGGCGAAGGUGACCAUCCAAGAGCGUCAAGGUAGCGGCAAAGUCCUUGCCAAUCGACCAAAUACGCGACGAGUGGCACGCGACAUCGCACCAAACUCCAUGGAUCUGUCUACCUCCUUGCCCGUGCCCAAAGAGCACGCGAAGCAUGGAGAUAGCUCCCGGCGUGCAGAAUCUGUGUACAACCUACCCCAAUCUACCUCUGGAGUGCCGUUAAACCGGGCCAUGUCCAUGGGCAAUGAGAAGGAUGAGGUUGCCUUACUGCGUGCGGCAUCUGCGCCCAUGACACCUCCGCCCACCGUUAAGAUGCCUUCCAAUCACAGUGGACCCCGUCAAGCGCACAAGUCCUUUGCGUUGUCUGUCAAGCAAGGCAGGGAUCCACCUAACCCUUCAUUUGGCUUGGACCAAACAUCGCCUCUUAUUGCGGGUUCCAGCACUAAGUCUGCAGUCUCUGAUAACAGUAAUGAUGGCUGUGAGGAGACGGAGAAGCAGCGCGACCACGACCAGGACUAUAACCACGACUACGACCCUGACCAAGACCACGCUCACGACUUUGACCAACACCAUAACCACGACCAUAGCUACGUCAAUACGGGAUCAGUUAACGUCGACGCUGACGACCCAGGGACCAAUCCUACCACUGACCCGGACGGUGAACGCGACGUGAUGGACGACAUUGAUCCCGUUACUGAGCAAGAAGGUACACUCGAGCACUUGAGCACAGUUUCCGGCCGGAGGAAGCUGUCCGGCGAGUCGCGCCGUUUACCCCAGUUCGACGGAACUCAUGAAGCAAGUACCGAAGUACCGCACCAAGUUGCGACACCACCGUCCACACUGAAUGACCACGGAACGUCGCACAAGAGGUCGUAUAGCGUACAAAGUGACGACAUAACCGUAACCACGAGCAAGAGUUCAAAGCGCACAAGACUGUCUCCGCAACCGGACUCGUCGAGGAGCGGCCACACAGGUGCGUUGCUGCAACGCUUGCGCGGUGACGCAUGGCUCUCGGAUACGGCUCUUGACUCGGUGCUACGCGCCUUCAUCGGGUCGUUAAAAGAUACACUGGUUGUAGAGAUCGGCUACAUCAGACCUGGUCACCUUUUGGAAUCUGGCCGUGUUCUAAGAACUCUCCGUACCGAUCACGCGACAAUUGUUGUGCCCUUUUCGCUCGGCAGUCACUUUACCAUUGCUGUUCUGGACCCCACCAAGACUCGAGUGGACUUGUACGACCCUCUCCACAAGCCGGAAACUCUUGAAGCGAUGCGAGUCAGUAUGCAAGACUUCGUCCAUAAUAACCUCAAGUCUGUAGCCUUGGAGACAGUGGUCUACGCCACAGAUACUUGGAGCUUCGUACAGCAAGAUCUCUCAAGCUGCGGCAUCCUCUGCAUCAUCUUCGCCUUGUGCCGAGCGACCAACACCACUCUCCCCACGGAUGUCAACAGCCAUCUAUGGCGCCGCAGUUUUGCCGCGGCACUUCUGCUUGCAGAACCAGCAGAGCCGGACACUAGCGUCGACACCUCCUUGAAGGACUUUCCACUUGUCAUGCCAGAGGCCAGCCUGACGCCGGAGGCGGUUGACCUUGCGGCCUCGGUCUCAAGCCGGCGUAACAACGAGAGAGUACACAAACUCUACCACGCCACUCGUAAGGCCCCGCUGCAUAGGAUGCAGCAGCUGACUUCCUGUCUCGAGCAGCUGGAGAUUCUUCGGAGCGUUGUCGACUUCGUACGCCAACGCGCUUCAGCCGAGUCGGCACGCAAACAGCGCGCUCUCGACGUCCUCAACCAGAUGGAGCGGGACGUCCUUGUGUGGCGCGAGUGGGAGCCGGCGUACCCCUUCCAGAAACCAUCCGCUUUGAUUGCCGCGCAGCGUCCACCGGGCGAGGACUUUGCCAACGGCUUUUCGAGCUUCUGCGAGCAGAUGGCUGUCGCUCUACGUGACGCUCACCAGCAGAACCAGCUCGUGCUUCGGCAAAUCGAUGAGAGUUUCCAGGAGGAAUGCCAGCAACUGUUGCGAGAAAUUUGGGGAAAGACUUAUGAUGCUACUUGAGAAGGCUGGCGAAGGAGCAAUGCGAUUAUGGCCCUCUGUCUAGUGUGUUAAGGCGAAGGAUGGAGCAGCAUAAGUACGAAGAAGACUCGAGAAGCGCAGCAUUACGUUCUCGUGGGGCAGUGUGGUAAUGCGUUGGUUGUGUUGCCGACAUCUCAGAACAUGCCCGCUAAGAUCGCGAGCGCGGAGAAGAAGCAGAGAGCACUGUAUCAGCAGUCAUGGUCUCUUGCCAAUCCACGAGUUUUUAAGACAAGCUUCUGUUUCAGUGUCUUCCGCUCAUCGAGAGCAUCGUGGUGCGAUUCGGCAUGGCACACUCCGCAGACCGUGCUUGUUGCUCAUCGGCAGCCG